AUGCUCAGCACUAUCGAUACUCUAAGUUGCGCUGCGGGCAGCUUGAACGGGUGCGAUAGAGUAAGCUCUGCAUUGCGCAGGGCUAGGUAUAGCGCGCGCGGGUGUGAUUAUACGAAACCGUUAGUAAUUGUUCGCCGCUGCAGGUGUAAUAAGAAUAUAGGGUACACUGCGCCGUUCCGCGUCGCCCCGUCAGUACCGCAUUGUCCCGCCGUCACCCAGCCGUUCCGCGUUGCUGCGCCGUUCCGCGUUGCUGCGCCGUUCCGCGUUGCUGCGCCGUUCCGCAUUGCUGCGCCGUUCCGCAUCGGCCCGUCAGUACCGCCCCACGCCAAUCCGCGAGAUAAAUUCACGUCUGUUCCCGCGCAGCUGCGGGAUGACGCAGCGGUUCCGCCGGUUCCGCCUGUAUACGCGCAGGGGAAUGACGCGAAGCUUCCGCUUGAAGCCGCGCAGGCGGAAUGGGUUCCGCGGGUUGAGAAAGUAGCGGUUGAGGGUGGGCAGGGGGGAGGUGAAAAGGGGAUGGAUGUGGCGGAAGAAGGGGGAAGCUCGGGGGAGGGGGGAGGGGGGCCUGAGGGGAAGAGCCUAUGGGGCGUGGGGGAGGCGCAAGAGGUGGGGGAGGGGGGAGAGGUGAAUGAAGAUGGGGAUGGGGAGGAGUAUGAAGUGGUGUGUGUGGGGGAGUGUGUAGGGGAGUAUAGGGGGAAGAGUGAGGGGGAGUGUGAGGGAGGAGAGGAGGAUGAUGUGCAGGAGGUUCCAAUAGAGCUUGACGAAGGGGAGGAGGAGAGGGAGAGAAGGGGAGAUAGUAGGUGGCGGGAUAUUAACGAGUUAUCUGGUGAGAGUGGGAAGGAAGAAGGCUUGACGAUGGAGGGAGGGGAGGGAGGGAGAGGCAGAGAGGAGGGGAAAGACACGGUGGAGAAGGAGAGGGAGAAAGGGGAGGCGGAGGAGAAGGAGAGGGAAAGGGAGAGGGAGAGGGAGGUGGAGAGGGGGGAGGGGGGCAUGAGAAGCGGCAUACUUGCAAGACAUCUGCACAGGCCAUUUGUGUGUCCACAAGCGAAUUGCAAGAAGGCGUUUGCAUCGAAUCACGUGUUACAGAGGCACUUGAUCGUGCACAACCCAAAUGCUCCCAGAGUCCGAUGUUCUCAUCCCCAUUGCUCUCGCACAUUCAAGCGCCGAGACCACAUGUUGUCUCAUGUGAAGAAGCAGCAUUGCGGGGGAAGGGGGAGUGGGUGUGGGGCAAAGAGUGCGCAUGGGGGGAAGAAGGGGAAGAGGGCGCUUGUGGGAGCGGUGAGGAGGCAUGGAGGCGAGAAUAAGGCUGAUGCUGUGAGUGGGGAAGAUGGUACGAGAGGGCAGGAAGAGCAAAGGAGGGGGGAGGAGGAAAAGAGGGGGAAGAAGGACAAGGAGGAAAAAAGGAGGGGGGAGGAGGAAAGGAGGGGGGAGAAGGACGAGGAGGAAAAAAGGAGGGGAGAGGAGGAAAGGAGUGAAGACUGGGAAGGAGAAAGGAACGGGGAGGAGAGGGACGAGGAGGGAGGCGGUGCUGUGAGGGAGGAGGACGAGGAGCAAGCACCCCUUCCAGUUCGUCCCGAGGGGGAGGGCAGCGUGGGGAGUGGGGUGUUGAAUCAGUGUGAGGGAGAGGAGGAGGAUGCGGGUGUGGUAGAUGGUCGAGGUCAAGACGGGAGUAGAGAAGAAGCAGAGGAAGAGGGGAGUAGGGCAGUGGAAAGAGGGGGAUGGGAGGAGGCAGAGGAAGGAAGACGAGGGGAGAGAAAAGAGGGAGGGGGGGCAAGGGAGAGGGCAGAGAAAAUAGGCAAAGGGGAGAGGGAGAGAGAGGGAAUGGAUGGAAACAAGGAGGAAGGUGUGGUGGCUGAGCAAGAGGCUGAGCAAGAGGCGCACAGAGCUCAUGAGGCGCCCCAAACCACGGCGGCGCAGCAAGUGGGAGUGCAGCAAGAGGCACAGACGAGCUAUGAAACGCGUCAACCCAUGACGGAGCAGCAGGAGGAGGAGCAGCAAUUGGGAGUGCAGCAAGAGGCACAGACGAGCUAUGAAACGCGUCAACCCAUGGCGGGGCAACAGGAGGAGGAGCAGCAAGUGGGCGUGCGACAGGAGGAGGUGCGGCAAGAGGAGGUGCGGCAAGAGGCGUUACAGCAAGAGGCACACAGAACUCAUGAGGCGCUUCAAAGCACGGUGGUGCAGCAAGGGGAGGUGCAGAAAGGGGAGGUGCAGCAAGGGGAGGUGCAGCAAGGGGAGGUGCAGCAAGGGGAGGUGCGGCAAGCGACACACACAAGCGUUCAGGAAGGGCGGAAGAGGAGCAGGCGUGAUGCAGGAAAUGAGCCAAGGAGAGAGGCGAUGAGAAGGAGAAGGUGUGUAGGAGGAGGAGAUGAAGGGGAGGCGGCAGGUUCAAAGACAAUGCAUCUGAAAAACCACCUGAGGCAGCAGAAAAGAGGGGAUGGGGUGAGUGGUGGGGAGGGGGUGGGGAUGGUGAGGGAUGGAAGGAGGAGAGGAAGGGAAGUUGCGGUGGGUGAUGGGGUAAGGGUGGGGUUGGUGGAGGAUGGAUUGAGAGGAGGCGUGGUGAGCGGAGGGAGAGGAGAGAGGAUGGUGAAGGAUGAGUGA